AUGGCCCCGCAGAGCCACCGCUCUCCGGACGAGGGGCAGCCGUAUUUCGGAGGCGCGGAGGAUCCGUCCCCGGGCGCCGGCGGGCCCUCCCCGGGCAGCCGGGGCGCCUCGCCCGCCCGCCCCGCGCUGGCCCCGCGGGACGCGGCCCGCAGGAAGGGGAAGGCGCGGCGGGGCCGCGGCAAGGCGCGCAGCGAGGGCUCGCUCAGCAAGCAGAAGAGGAGCCGGCGCAUGAAGGCGAACGACCGCGAGAGAAACCGCAUGCACCACCUCAACUCCGCGCUGGACGCCCUCCGCAGCGUCCUGCCCACCUUCCCCGACGACGCCAAGCUCACCAAGAUCGAGACGCUGCGCUUCGCGCACAACUACAUCUGGGCGCUGACGCAGAGCCUGCGCCUGGCCGAGCAGGGCCUGCCCGAGCCCCCCGCGCCGCCGCCGCCCCCCGGGGCCGCCCCCGGCGCCUGGGACUCGCCGUGCCUUUCCCCGCAGAGCUGCUCCCGUCUCCAGCGGGUGGAUUUACGGCCGGGCCGCCUCCCCGCCCCGCGCUGCCCCGCCGGGGCGGCCGCCGCCAGACAAAGCGGCCCGCGGGGCCAGAAGCGCAUUGUGAUGCUAAUUGUUCCCAGCGGAGCCCGCUCGCCCGCGGCAAAGGGACGCUAUUGA